AACCUGCAACGCACGAGCCAGCUGCUUUUCCGGUUAGAGAGCACCAUAAUGGCUGCCGCUCAGCUCCACUCCUGUCCGAGACUACGACUCAAAACGUCCGCAUUUCUGCUUUGAUACAUCUGCGACUCUAGCUGUGUCAGUGGCCUCGCUGCUCUCCCACAAUGCAUUGCCAGAGGCCUUUGUGUUCAUCUGACAGACCAGUAUAACCAUUAGCUCCACUCCUUCUAGUCCAAAAGGGAGCAUCAAAGCAGGAAGGUUCUCCUCUGACUGAACUUGUUUAUUAACUAUCUGCAGUUAUGUCUGGUUCUGGUGACCUACCAGCCAUCGAGGGUUCUGGGAUGGGCGGAAUGAGACUUCCUGUUGGAAUGACUCGACGGGCCCUCAGCUAUGACGAUAACCUGGAGGCCCCCAUGUCCACGCCACCUCAUGACAUCAGCAUCAACAACCUGUGGAGGAGGCCCAUCAUCCCAGAGAGGAAGUUCUCCCAGCUCGCUGAGGAAGAUGAAGGCGGUCCAUCCAAACAGGCUGCAGUGCAGGACGGCGCCAUCUUUAAGGCCCCAGCUGUGGUGAAAACCAAGGCUUCAUCGAUCAUCAUGAAUUCCCUCAUCACCAAGCAAACGCAGGAAAGCAUGUACAAGUUUGAGCAGACGGCAGGACUCACCGACACCAGUUACACUCCACACAAAGGUCUGACAGCUGAGGAGACCAGACACCACCACCGCGUGCCGGAGUCCCUCCAGAAGCUGCAGAUCCAAAGCCUGGAAGCCAGAGAGGAGAAGAGUUCUUCUGCUCAGUCAACUCCAUCAAACACGCCACACAGCUCCCCUAAACAACAGCGCAGGGGCUGGUUUGGAGGUACGAGCUCAGAGGUCAGCAUCAGCUCCUCCAACAGCAGCAUGGACGUGGGGGGAGGAGGAGUUUCAGGAGAGCACAUGGGAGGCGCUGCGGUGGAUCGCUGGGGAGUGUUUGGGCCUCGUCUGCCUGUCCAGAGUUCAACUCCUGAUGUGGGAUCAGAUGGUUCUGCUGCAGCAGGCUUUGCCAUCCAGGCGUACCGUGGAGCACAGAAACCCACCCCCAUGGAGGUGAUGAAGUCCCAGGCCACACGGCUGGCCGACAACCCCCAGAGAGUUAAUCCGCCUCAGAUGGAGAUCCCCACCAUGGAGGGCAGGCGGCAGGGAGCGCGGCCGCACAAGCUCAAACACCGAGACAUGAACAUCCUGACGCCGUCCGGCUUCUGAGGUCGUGACCUCCAGUGCUGCCAAGGUCCCAUAAAACGAGCCCGGUCUUAUGGUGCGCCAGCUAGCUUCCAGGUUAAACUGUCUUAGAGCGGAAACUUCUUCCAAAGAGAAAUGUUUGUUUUUUGCUCAUUUCAUGUUCAUGCCUGCUUUAUAUUGGGAAGAAAAUCGACUCUAUUCAGACCAAAAUGUUUCUAGACGAGUCCCUGGGUUAGUUACAUUCUUUCAGAAAGGUAACCAAACUUUAAAUUUCCUCUGAGAGCAAAUAGAUGAACUGUAAUGUUAGAAAAGUGGUCAGCUGACCUCCAGCUAAAGGUUUUCCUUCCUUCUGACCAUCGGGCAGCUCAAACACGAUGAAGCAUCUUCUCUCCUCCCACUGCUGUUCCCGCAGCGUUUCAAUCAGCUCGUGUUUAAGCCGUUUUAGUUUGCUGUUACCUUCUUUAUUAUGUUGAGUAUUUUCAUGUUUCAGGUUUUUUCAGCUUUCACUGAUUUUUGUUCACUCAUUUCAUUCCUUCAUACUUUCAUUUCGGCGCUGAAACUCAUCCACAGACCAUUUUACAUCAUGAUUUACACAAAUGCUCAUUAUAGUAAUAUUCAAAUCAGAUGGAAAAUGUCAUUUCCUGAAUUUUUAUUUUUCCAAUCUAUUUCCAUUGAUAUGUAAUAUGACCAAUCAGGGCCUCUGACUGUUGCUAGGUAACACUUAUCUGAGUCAUAUAGCCAUAUUUCAGGAUAGAAGUUCCUUUAAAUUGCCGCGGUGUGAAACGGUGAAGCUUUGCAACCGUUAGUGUUACAGAAGGAUCUGCUGGUUGCAGCGUUUCUCAUCCAUCUGCUUUCACUCCCCUGAAGUUUGUUCUAUUCAUGUCAUUUUGGUUUUUGGUACCAAAAAAAAUGCUUUUCAUGGGACCUUUGAUAGCUACUGUAACUCCUUCCUUUGAAUUUCCACCCAAACCGCAAUAUAUAUAAAAAAAAAUCCAACUGUGCUAGUUGUUGCUUUGCUCUAAAAUCACAUCUUUUUUCUGAAGCUUUGACUAAAUCCAUUUGAAAUCAGGCUGCAGGUUUGUGUCGGUUUAGUUCAGCAGACGUUAACAUGUGGUCCUAUUUAAAUGCACUUUAUCCCCAUUAGAAGCUGUUUAAUCGGCCUUGCUUUGGAGGCGAAUCAUUGAAGUGUUGACCAAACAAUAAAGCAUAAAAUGAUUCCCUAUAUGUUGUAAAGGUCGUCUCAGGAUCAAAGGAAUGAAAUGCUCUUUUAUUUUAGUUGUUGUACAGAUUUAAGAGAAAUCAGAAGGAUGGAGAAAUCCAGAGUGGAAAAAUGAAAUCCUCAUUUUCUCUCUGAAAUAUGGAAGAGCUUAAACCUGUUAGAGAAUAAAAACCAUAAAAACCAGAACCGUUUAUCUGUAGUUUCCAUUUGAAGGAUUGUUUUGUUUGUUUGAACUUGUUUGGAGUUUAUAAACUGCUGAGUGAAUCGACUGAAACUAAAAUGUUUUAUCUUGAUCAUGCAUCUGACAGCAGCUCUGUGUUCGGCUGCCUGAGAAACUUCCUGCAUUCAUCACCAGGAAAAUGUAUUUAAAAAUGAUUUGCUUUCCUUGUUUGCAGCUGAUAGUUGACAUAAAAUAAAAGGUUUCUGUAAGAGGAUGCAUGCAGAGCGUGUUUAACGAAGCACUUAGGUUUUUGAUCCGGCUCUUGUUUCCACUCUUGCACCUUUUUUUUCUUUAUAAAGCAAAUAAUUAUUCUCUGGUGAUUUAAGUUCAAAUUCCUGAAAGUUAACGAGCUGUUACUGCUGUGACCUUCAGACGCUGUCGUUCUGUCGUCACUAACUGUUAAUGUUUGUAUGUGUGUACCUGUUGGUAAUUAGAUUGUAGCGUUUAUGUUUACAAGAACUUAGUGGUCAGUGUGACCCCCCCCCCCUUUAUUGGGACUGAAGCAUCACCAUUAGACGUUCUCUCUGUAGGCGUGACUCAGUGUUUCUGAUUGUGAGUGCAUACAGGUGAGCUCAAUAAAUAUUCCACUCUCGUCCGAAAGGA